GUACUCCUUGAAUCAUUACGGUCGAGUUUGCUGCACAGUGACGUUGAGUCUACUCCCAUUCUGAGACGCGACUCAAGCCAUCGAGUCGGUCAGAAAUCUACUCGGGAUGCAUACUAUUGGGUAUGUGCUUUCAAACCUUGUUCGAGGCCGCCAGAUAUCCGAUCCAAGAGAUAAAGUAUUUGAUAUGCUGGGACUGGCCAGAAAGAUGUCUGCUGCCUACUCUCUUUCGCGGUCGCAAGUUUACGAACGUCCCAUUCGUAGGCUGAUUGCUGAGUUGAACAACCUCAAUCCUCUGUUGAGAACUGAGGCAUGCAAAAUCUCGAGAUUUGCCGACAUGGGUUCCUGACUGGUGUGCGAAGUCCUUUGAAGAUAAUGCAAACGCGGAGAUUUAUUGGAUUAACAAGUACCAGUUCUGUGAUGCAGCUGGCGGAGCACUUGCGACGAUGAAGGACUCGUCUUCGUUAGGCUACAGAGUCUUUGUCAGACCAAGACUUCAGUUUCUUCAUGCACAGGCAUCUGUUUAUCAUUCGUAAGGGUAUGAUUGGCGUUGGGUUUCGGGAAGUUAAUGCCAGGGACGAAGUCUAUGUCCUCUUGGGGGAGAAAAUGGCUUUCAUAUUGAGACGGACUGAGGAAAUCAAAGAUGAUCGCUAUAGGCACGAAUAUGCCGGACACGCAUUUGUUGAUGGUAUCAUGGAUGGAGAGGUG